AUCUGUAAGGAAUUUCAUAGACGUUCUUGGUUUGUCCUUUACGCGCUGCCGUUGUUACGUACUCGAAAGGUUAAACAAGACUAGCUUUUAGCAAGCUAGCGGCUAACGUCAAGCUUACAAAAUUCAGGUGAACUGUAAAAAAGAGAAGCCCAACAGGAUGGCCAGUGUGCUCUGCAGCAGAGCUCGGCUGGUGACGUACCUGCCAGGGCUUCACAUUUUAGUUCAUCGUGUUGUAGGAGCCAGGACAUUCUCUGGGGCGUCCGGCUCAGACGAGCCACACCUGAACAACACAACCCUUGAUGCUGCACAAAGGACGGUGUGGCCAGACGAGACCAUGGGCCCAUUCGGACCUCAGGAUAAGCGUUUCCAGUUGCCAGGUAAUGUGGGUUUUGACUCUCAAUUGGAGGGUCCAGCAGAGCAGAGGACCGCAGCGAUCCACAGCGUAAUGCCAGACGUGUUCACUGCUCAGUCCAGCAACGAGAGGCACAACUUCAUCCUGGCCCAGUUCAUCAAUGAACUUCAUGAAAGUGAUAAAACAUCCAUGGAACGGAGCGUGGAUAAUGCAGAAAACUUUUUUGAUCAUUCCAGUGUGGAGUGUGCCAUUCAGUCUUGCCCUGAAUUGUUAAAGAAAGAUUUUGAGUCCAUGUUCCCCGAGGCCCCGUCGACUGGCAUGAUGGUGGUCACAGUGACUCAGAAAACACAGAACGACAUGACGGCCUGGACUGAGCAAGUGGACCAGGAAAGAGAAGAGCUGCUUGCUAAAUUCAUUGCAGGAGCAAAGGAGAUCUGUCAUGCUCUCCAAACAGAGGGAUUCUGGGCUGACUUUAUAGACCCGUCAUCUGGACUUGCAUUCUUCGGUUCAUACACAAACAAUGCGCUCUUUGAAACGGAUGAAAGAUAUCGCCAUUUAGGUUUUCAGAUCGAGGACCUGGGCUGUUGCAAAGUGAUUCGGCAUGUCAUGUGGGGGACGCAUGUUUUCGUGGGCACACUUUUCACCACAGCACCACCCAACAGCCAGAUCAUGAAGAAGCUACAAGGGAACUGAAGUUAAUUCGUUAAAGAUGCUGAGUCUUGGGAACACUAUUAAUAUAAAACCAAACCUCACCUUUGAGAAGAUUAGCACAAUCAAAACACAUUUACAUACCGUAAUUACCUUAAUACAGUUGCCCCAUGUCUGCUGCUCCAAUGGCUGGAAAUAUGUAUUUAUUUUUGUAGAUCAAAUAGCACUUUUGGUGUGACUUCUAUUUAUGUGCGUGUGCUACAGAGGGACAUUCUGUGUCACACGUCCAGCAUCUUUGAAUCUCUUCCUAACUCUGUUGCCUUUCUUGUAUUACAGACCUCAAAGGAACUAAAAUGUGACAGCUAAAAAUUUCCACACUACUGCUCCAUACAAAUCUGUAUUUUUUGUCCAUACGUUAUAUUUUAAAAAGUUAUAGUGGUAAUUAAGAGCUUUCGAUUUAUUUCAGUAUUGUAAGCUUUCUUCAUAUGAUAGUCACAAUAAAUAAUUAAGGAGCUUAA